AUGUCUGCAGGAGCUGAUUAUCUAUUCCGCAAUAUUUUAUGACUUAUUAAUGAAUGGCAUUAUGAACCGGUGCUGCGGUUUCGAUGACGUCACGGGGAGCGAGCGAGGGUCAGUGGACGGACGGAGCGCAUCGCGGAACAACAUCAUGCGGGGUUUCACGACCUGAGAGCAGCAGAUGAGCGGAAUACACUGAAUAACAUGGCUCAGCUGUGGAGGAGGGGCGUGUCUCUAUCAAACGGCUCUCUGGUUGUCAUGGCGCCAGGGCCCGGGGUGGUUACGGUGGCCCCUGAGGGUCACAACCAGUCGUGGGAAACCCCAGUGGUUGCCGUGGAGACGCCCAUCUUCCUCAUGACCGCCACCGCUCAGACCAUAUCUGGGAUCUUCACCUGGACGGCGCUGAUGCUCACCUGCCAACAGAUCUACAUGCACCUGCGUUACUAUAACACUCCUAACGAGCAGCGGCACAUCGUGCGCAUCCUCUUCAUCGUGCCGAUCUACGCCUUCGACUCGUGGCUCAGUCUGCUGUUCUUCACCAACGAGGAGUACUACGUGUACUUCGACACCGUCCGGGACUGCUACGAAGCGUUCGUGAUCUAUAACUUCUUGAGUUUGUGUUAUGAGUAUUUGGGCGGCGAGAGCGCCAUUAUGGCCGAGAUCAGAGGAAAACCCAUCCAGUCCAGCUGUGUUUAUGGCACUUGUUGUCUAUGGGGCAGGACUUACUCUAUCGGCUUCCUGCGCUUCUGCAAACAGGUUAACUUCUACAAUUCCUCGGAGGACGGAGGCCGGGACGGCCGGCCUUCACGAUUGUUAGAACGUAACCUGAGAUUCGGGAGAUGGCUUAACCGCUCAGAAACAGGCUCCUCUCCAUCUUCGGCAUCUCUCAGCACUCUCACCUGUGCUUCAUCGCGACCCGGUCCCGCCGAAACACCCUCCCCCUGUCCUGUUGUCGGGGGUUGGUCGGGCCCCCUUGAGGGAGGGAACGAUGCAAAGCGGGCCACUGUGGCCGACGGACAGCCCCCCCCGGCGGUGUCCCAGCACCCCAUGCCCCGUGAGGUGCCCCCGCGCUUCCGCAACACGCCGGAGCCAAAGGUGCUACUGAAGAGGGGUCAGCCGCCACUGUCCUGCAUGCUGCGGGGGGGCGCGAACGGAGCGGACAACACGCCACGGCUUCCCCUGCAGGAGCACGCUGACGCCUCAGAUCAUACGGAAGAUUCAGUUUCUCUGCAUUCAUCGUCUGACGCCUCUGCCACUCCCACUUAUGCAAAUUACACAUGGGGGCUUGGCUCAGAAGGUCAACCCUCUGCUCAGGGAAUGGACAAGGAUAAUUCUGACGUAGAGAAAUGGCCAAGACCGGAAGACCAUUGGAAUAGUGAUCAGACCCUGCAGUCUGCCAGGUUAGAGAUGGAUGCGUCUGCCGCCCUGGGAAUGAACAGUUCUUCUCAACUCUCUGAAUAUGCAGAAGCCAGUGUGGCAGGAGGUUCAUCCUCACAGUCCCAGAAUAAAGAGUCCAUUAAAGGAGUCAAUCAACAUUUCAAUUCCAAGGUGUCAUCACCUUCUGGAGACCAGGAGGGCACUCAAAACUACAACCCUGAUGACCCCGAUAGAGCAUUUUCAAGUCGAGAACCCCUAACUCACACUGCCUCUGAGGAAUCUCCUCCUGCACCCUUGAGUCCAGCCAAUGCCCUUUACCAGACACUCUACAAGAACAAAGAGCCCAUUACUGGGGAUUGGGCUGGACCAAAUAAUGGUGGAGAUGCUAGAGUCUCCUGUGCGGAUUUGUGGGAUACAGGACAAGACCCUGUUAGGAAGAGCAGUGAUGCAGUAGGUGGAAGUUCAGGUGAUGGCACUGACAUCUCUCAGGGAAAGUGGGAUGGAGACACAGGAGGUUCAAACAAACAGGCAGCUACAGGAUGGACCUCAAACUUAGCAGUUGGAGCAUCAAAAGAGGAUGCGAGAGAGAUCUCUGAGGUAAGAACGGAUAGUUUACAGGACUCUUCCAUGCUUGCAAACAGUGUGGGAUCAAGAGACGACAAUCAGAAGGCAGGAGAUGGUUGGAAUGGGUCAGAGGGAGAAUCGGCUGAAGAUGGGAAGCAAGCCCCCAAUCUGGUUCAAAGUCCCUCCGGAUUUCAGGCCCUUCAUCCAGAAGCCGUGCAGAGCAUGAUCAAUCACACUAACCUGGAUCCUAAAGUGCUGUGCAACACGGGAUGGGGUAAGACCCAAAUCAAGCAGAACGUUGCCUGGGAAUUCGAGGGUGACAGUGGGAAUGUUGGUUGGGAUGCUGACGUCCACACAGACCGAGGUAAAGAGGGCCGGAGGAAUGCAGGUGAUCUUUCCAGCUCCAAAAUGCAGAAGCAGGUGGGUCGACCUCAAGGGUGGACCAGGCAUGGAGAAACAAGUGUUGGGAUUGGUCGUAAAGGGAGUGGUUGGGGAGAAGACCAGGAGGUUGAAGAUACAGGCAGGAGGGAAGGAAAGGAGUGGAAACAGGGUGGUGGAAGUGAGUGGACGCCAUUGCCCGAGGGUGGAGGCUGGAAGGAAGAGAGAGGAAGUGACAGCAAGAAUCAGGAUGAGGACAACCUGGAAGAGUCGGGACAGCGGAGUGGAGGCUGGGGAGGAAACGGGGCAAGUGUCAAGCAGCACCAGGGAUGGGGUGAGAAGCUUCUUCCAUCACCGAUACCAAACAAACAAACAGCACUUAAAACCCAAAAUCAACAACCACAGCAGCAAUCGCAAACCCAGCAGCAAAUGCCGGGAUAUCCAAAGGCCUUGCAGGACAGAGGUCGUCCAGGAGAGCCGGACGACCAGAGCAAAGGAUCCGGGUGGAGCAGUGCGAUCCCUCAGAUGCCUUCAGUUGUAGAGCCGAGUGGAUGGGAUGAACCCUCGCCUCAGUCCAUCAACCGGAAGAAUGAGAUCGAUGAUGGCACGUCUGCAUGGGGCGAUCCACGCUACAGCAUCAAGAACGUCAAUCUGUGGGAUAAGAACAGCUCACCGGCCCAACAGCAGUCAUCUGGAAGGCCGCCUGGAACUGCAUCGAAGAACUCUGCUCCUGCAAACUGGGCACGCAGCGGUGGUCCUACCGAGCCAUCUGUGGACAGUGCCACGGCUUCUUGGGGGAAAUCGUUUGAUGCACCAAGUGGCUGGGGGGAAUCAAGUGAACCAGGGAAAGGAGGUGGAUGGGGAAACUCCCAUUCCCAUUCUGCUAAGCCUGGUUCAAAGUCUAUGCAAGAGGGCUGGGGUGAUGAAAGCUCAAAUGCAUCCCGUCACUCCAGCUGGGAGGAAGAGGAUGGUGGUGGUGGUGUUGGUGUUUGGGGAAAUCGCGGAUCCCAAAGCAACACAUACAACUCUGGCGGCUGGGGGCAGGGCCAGGGGGCCAGGAGACUCAACACUAAGAGCCCCCUUAAAGGUAACAGUGGGGAUUCAUGGGCAUCUCCUGUUACUCGGCAGUUCUCAAACAUGGGCGUUUCGGAUGAAGACUCCAGUAUGGGUCACGAUAGACAUGACAGGAGAGGAAUGAAUGACGGCGAGAUGCGGAGAGGCGGCAGGACUGGGGGAGCUUUCCGCUCACAGACUUCCAAAGAGAUGCCAUGUGGGGAGACCGGACCUUACCUGGACAAGGUCGGGGGUCAUAAUAUGUAUGGCAGUGGGGGGAUUCCUCCAAUGAGAGGGAUGCAUCAGGGUGGUGUGCACCCCUUGAACCCUUCCCCCGGGAUACGAGCACAAGUGCCUCCCCAGUUCCUGCCACCUCAGGUUCCUGGGCCGAUGCUGAAGCCAAUGGCGCCCCCUGGUGGCGGGAUAUUCCCCCCACAACUCUCCCCCCAGCAAAUCGCCAUGCUCGGUGGCAUUCAUCCACACAUGCAGCAGUUCCAGCUGGCCUGUCAGCUCAUUCUGCAACAACAACAACAGCAACAGCAGCAGCAGCAGUUUCUGAAUCAGAGGAAGUUCCCUCCUCCUGUAAGACAACAGCACGACCCGCAGCAGCUGGCACGGAUCAUGGCUAUCCUACAGCAGCAGCAGGGGGUCGGCGGGCCCAAACUCUCGCCGUCUCCCAUGGGAGGACAUGUCCCCAAACACCAAGACACACACCUCCAUCACUUGGGCAUGAACGCUCACAAGCAGCCUGAUGUGCCGAUGCAUUCAGCCAUGGGAGGAUCUGAGCUGCACAGCAAAGCUCCAGCAGCGUUCACAGGUUUUGCGAGCGGAUCUGAUCUGGACUCUAUGAUGAGUUCUCCUGCUGGAUUGAAGGAUGGAGGUGGGACUCAGUCUCGAUUUAAGUGGAUGAUGGAUGGGAACAGCUUGACGCCCUCCCCGCCAGAGCAAACACUACACAACGGGCCGGUGAAGGGCUCGUUCCCUCAGUUUGACGUGUUGGGCGGCGGCUGGCACAGAAUCGCCGCUGGGAAAAUGGACACGCCUCCAGCAAACCCCACCUGGCCUCCAGAGUUUCAGCCGGGCGUCCCGUGGAAGGGUGUCCAGAGCCCUGAGCCCGAGUCUGACCCCUACAUGACCCCUGCGGGAAUGAUGGGAUCCGCCGUGCUCGCCGACACCGAACAUCAUCUACUGCAAGACAACACAGGGUCAAACUCUCUGAACACCUGUAUGCCUUCACCCGGUGCCUGGCCAUACAGUGCCUCGGAAACGCCCCUCGCUGCACACGGGACAGCUAAAUACUCCGAGCUGAAGUCCAGUUGGCCGCCGGAGCCCAUUGGACACAGCAAAUCGUGGCGGACCAAUCGGAGCGCUUCUCACCUGCCCCGCCCCCCUCCGGGCCUCAGCAGUCAGAAGCAGGCGUGGUCGGGGGAGGGGCCUCGGAUGCCCCGGGCCUGGGGAGGCGGAGCCGGCGGCCCUGACUCGCCCUUUAAACCAGAGUGGAGCGACGGAGGAGCAUCGGCGGGAAAAUCAUGGCUGUUACUGAGGAACCUCACGCCACAGAUCGACGGCUCGACGCUGAGGACCAUCUGUCUGCAGCACGGCCCCCUGCUGACCUUUCACCUCGGCCUGACACAGGGCAGCGCUCUGAUCCGCUACAGCAGCCCUCAUGAGGCCGCCAAAGCCCAGAGUGCACUGCAUAUGUGCGUUCUGGGAAACACCACCAUCGUGGCGGAGUUCAUGAGCGAGGAGGAAGUCAUGCGUUACUUCACACAUUCCCAGAGCGUGGGGGGGGCAGGGCCAGCGGAGGGCUCGUCUGACUCCUCCCCUCGAGAUGGCGAGCGGCCCGCGGGCGGAGACUGGCAGGGGCUCGACGUGUCCACCAGCUCCGAGACGCCAGGACUCGCCCUCCUCAGCCAAUGGAGCAACAGCACCGGGGAGGGGGUGGGGAAAGGGGUCUGGGGGGGUGUGGCUCCCAGUUACCAUGGCGGGAGCCUAUGGGGCGCUCCUCAGUUAGAGGACGGCUCGGCUGGGUUGUUGCCUGGCAACCUGCUUGGAGGCGGGACUGACAGUUUGUGAUUGACAGUUAUCGAGAAACUGGUACGUGGAGUUUAAAGUGUGUCGUAACGGCAUCAAACUGCAAAAAUAAUGAUCGUUACCAAACAUGUGGAAGCCCAAUGCUUUAUUAGAAUCUUUCUGUAGUGUAGUUUUGGCAAAGACAAGGGAUGAACCUCGUGACAACAUUUUAUUGAAACCUGAACAAAGAAUUUUGACAUUUAAUAAUUCAUUGAAUUCGCGGGUCUACAUCGUAAUUAUUCCCAAAUAAUUUUUUUUUUUUUGCUGUUAUAUUUAGUAAAUACAGCAAUAGUUUUCAAUUUUUUAUAUAAAUGCAUAAUUAAUUAAUAGGUUUAAUAAAAAUAAUAGUAUUUAAAUAAAUCAUAAAUUAAAGGCAGCGUAGACAAAUACCACCGUGAUGGAUAAAAUACUGGCUGAAUGAUGUCACAUCGCAACAAAACGUAUGUAUGCAUCAAUCACAUAUCUAUAUGAAAACUUAAACAUAUUCUCGAGGUAUAUUUUGAUUUACUGAGUGAAAAACAAGUCAUCUAACGCACGGCUUCUGCAUGUCGUCAUUGUUUUUGCAGUUGUUUCUGGUGAAGCUGAUUUCACACGCCGCAGCUUUAAGACAAACACACACACACUCGCAUCCAGAGAGCUGCAUUUCCACACACACUGGACGUGUUGACUGGCUUUCAUAUCCAGUGAGAUGUUAAACACACACACACACACACAGGUGCAGUGCGAGCGCAGUGGGAUUUGCUUACAGACUUUCUCGUCAUUGCCAGAGUUAAGCUAUCAUGUAUUUGAAUGCAGGGACUGUUUCUAAAGGCCUUCUUUCUCACACACUGCUCAACUUGAACAGCCGAUGUAAAUUUGAUGUUGCGCUGGCACACGCAAGACAGUUUUAACGCUUCGACAGUGGAUUUUUUAAGUUCGUCCGAGCGCGAGAGCAUCUGAAGCGGGUAGAUGCGUGAAACUCGCCCAUAACAGCCCACAUUUCACUCCAGAAUCAGGUCAAAAUCAAAGGAAGACCCGUUUACAAAUAGUGAUGUCGUUCUCGUGAUGAUUGAGCACAUUUACUCUCACAUUCUCAUUAUUGUAAUGCAAAACGUUGUCGGUUAUGUUUAAUAGUGACGGUAAUAUUUACUAGAUUAGAGUAAAAAAAACACUGGUAUCAUGAUGCAUAGUCACUUUAAAUAAUUUCAAUGAGAAUUUGGGAAGACAUUUUUAAUAUUUGCAAAACUAUCAUUUGCCCGAGCAUGAUGUUUUGUUCGUGCGUGAGAGUAUUUGCCGGGAGAUGCAGAAUCUAAAUUUAGCAUAAAGAAAACAACUUAAUUUUUAGGAGCAAUUUACAACAAAAAUUGGUUUGUUUUCUGGUGCAAUUUUCACAUGGUGAAAUAAAACAAGGUCAUUUUGACUUUCUAUCCCACCAUCUUUCUCAGAACUGCGAUAAAUGAACUAGCAAAAAAGUCAACUGGCGGUUAAAAAUUCGCAAUAGCGAGGAAAAAGUCGAUUCGUUUUUCGCGCUGUUUUUUAGCAAGUAACUUUUAACACAAUUCUGACUUUGUUCUCGCUAUAAAAAAGUUACGAUAACCUAUUAGUUUUUAUUCUGUGGUGGAAAAAAGCGUACGCGUUUUCUCGAUCGUCAUUUACUCGCACGUUUUCAUUCGUUACAAUCCUCGUUACAUUCUCACGACUGUAUCACAAUGCAAUUCGAUUUUUAGUAUGCAUAAACACUUUACAGUUUAAAUAAUGCAAUUUUAUUAGAAAUGAACGAUAGUAACGCGAAACUCUCAUCACGAUGAAAAACGUUUUUCCGCUGUCCUAAAAAUAGGAUUAAUUUUCUGAUCCCGGCGUGAAAUGUUGCGAUGUUUCGCGAGGUUCGCGCAGAUCCCGCUUCUCUUCUAUCCAUCGCGGCGGUCGUUCCUGUGAAUUUUGUGCAACUUAAACGCAUCUGUACUCGUACUGACCUUCCACUGUUCCCUUCUUUAUCUGUUCGUCAGGUUUGCUGUUACAUUUAUACGAUUCGUACGCUGUUUUUUGCUAUGGCAUAUACCAGUUAUCUUCAGAGACUUUCAAGUGUGUCGGACGGACGGACGGACUGACGACGUCUAUAACGCGUGUAUGUGUGCACUUUACUGUUUCCGUCUGUGUUUGUGAGUUGGUGUGCGGCUGUACAUUGUUAACUGUGCACUAUACACUGCUGGUUGUGUUUUACAAACGUUGGCAUUAGCGGGUUUCUGCGAUUGGCGUUUCUUUGGUUGUUUUUUAAGCGUACUCAUGUAGCCUUUUGUAUUGGCUGAACUGCAAUAAUAAUGAUUCUACAAGCAUUUUUAAGACACAAACGUGUGACGGCGUUUCUGCCAAACUUAUCCGCCUGUCCAGAGUUUACAAACAGCUGAGAGACAUGUGUUUAUAUGUGUCUGUAUUGUUGUUUUUGUUUUAAAUUAAGACUUUAACACUCCUUUCAGUGUUUCAUUUUUUGAGAUUUUACAGAGGAAGACAAAGUGAAGAGUUUAUUUAAAUAAAAGUGACAUGCAGCUGUUAUAAAAAUUGUGUUUUUGUGGCUUCUGGACUCUUAUUUUGUCGCUCAGCUGUAAACUUGUCAGUGUGUUAUGGACAUUAACGAGUUAUAAAUGUAUUUCCAGUUACUCUUAAAAAAAAACUGGGUAACACUCGCUUAGUUUACAAUGGGGUACUAAUUCGCAAGAUAUUUUUACCUGCUUUUUUUUUUUUUUAAUCUUUGUUGAUUUUAGUUUGUUACGUCAAGUUCACACUACGUUAACUUAUAUUAACAGAUACAACUUCUGACCUAUAGCAAAUGUUGAGAUUAUAACAUUAAUAAAGAUUAAUAGUAUUGUUAA